AAAACAUGUGUUUUGAGUGGAAUUUUAGUGAAUUCAUUAGUUUUGUUAGUAAGGUUUUGUUCCCACAACUUUAUAUCAGUGGUUCUCUAGCAUAUCCCCAUAAAAGGAUAAUUAUGGUAGAUCUAAAUAUAAUUACACAAAGUCAUGAUGCAUGCCUUCAUUAAAUCAGAACAGCUAAGUUGCUAUUAAAAUUGCAUAGAUCUAUACAGCUAUAGUACUAUGGCUAUCAACCAGCACGCUAUUGUACCCAGAUGUUCUAGCCAAGCGCCACUGUCCAUUGAAUAUCUCACCAUGCGCAAGUGUACCUCAGUGUUGAUCGACCUCGUCAAAUCGUCUCUUAGCACUAUAGGUCCUGCUUUGUUCGAAAACGAAUAUAUAGGCGAGACCACUAGAGAUCAAAUUGGACCAUUCAGUAAAAUGAGUGUCGUUGAAAGAGCACAAAUACUUGUGGAUCUAAUGACCGAUCAAGUUCGAGCUGAUUCUAGCAUGUAUGACAAAUUUAUCAUCCUCUUGGAAAGGGAAGGCCCUUGGGUAAACUCGUUCUUGAAGAAUGUCAAGCAAAAGUACAGUUCCCUUGUGCGAUUGGAAUUUCGCCAAUCAAUGAGCUGUGACGAAUUGAGUGAUUGGCUUUCUCUCCGUGGAAUCAGUGAAACCACUGUAUCACAUUUUAAAGCUCAAGAGGUUGACGGAAAUACAUUUGUGGGGCUACCAGCAGACAGAGGAAGUCUGUCAAGGGAGCUGAGGUGUGACUUAUCUGCAGGAUCACAUAACAAACUUCAGCCCCUUCUUAACCAAGCAAAAAGUGAGCAACAAGAGGUUAACUCUCACAAAAGUCAUUCAGAUUCUGAAUCUUCACCAGGGCCCAGCUUUAACUGUCCGUAUUGUCAAAAAUGCACGCUUGAGCAGUACUUGUCAAAAAAUGGGUGUCCCGAAGCGACUGGCAAAACCCUCUUUCCAUAUCUCAAAACACCAGCACUCUCUGAUGAAGACCGAUCAGUACUAGAGGCCACUCUCAGAAAGGAUACUCAGAAAAUGAUCGAGCUCUUUGCUUUAACCGACACUACUAUUGCAAAAAAUCUCAAGAAUGAUGUAGCGUUGGUCCAAAAUUUUGUUAUAAAUUUUGUUUCAUCAUUGGAAAACGAGGAUUGCAUCAGGCAAAUAAAAAGAGCUGAUACAAUUCCAAAAAUUUUUGUUGCCCUUACUCCAUGUAAAUCUUUCUUAACUACAAGAUUGUCGAUAGCAUCUUUGUGAUGCUAUUUCGGCCAAAGAGACCAUUGCUUCUAUCUUUGGCCUGAAUGAAUGGGAACUUCAUUUAUGUAGUAUCGAGGAGGGAUGCAUGUGUCUGAGGUUCCUUCUUUCUGCAAAGGCUUUUGCUAAGUUUUUUCCACCCACAGCUUCACAACUAACUUCUCUCUGUGAGGCAGGAAUCAGUAUUCUCAAACCUGCAACUGGAAGAACUGAUAUAAAGACUGAUAGUACUCCAACUGUUGAAGAGAGGGUACUUCAUGAAAAUGAACCUCGGCCGAAAUUAAAGUGGAAAAAGACAAUUCAUGGUGAUGGUGACAGCAAGAGUGAAACUGAAAAGUCAUUGGAUGCGUUCAUCAAGGAAGUAUCAGAUCACAUUGGAGGAAGCUGGAUGUUCAUAGCCAGAAGUCUUGGAUUCACGGAAAUCGAAAUCCAGGCAAUUGAAUAUUCCAACGGGCAAGAUCUCAAAGAGCAAAUUCAUCAGUUUUUCUACCAGUGGAAGCGAAGAGAUGGACAAGAAGCGACUCGAGACAUGCUCUAUGCUGCCUUGUACGACAGUGAAUUAAAUGAGCUCCUGAAAAAACUGGACAAGACAGAUGUUAAAAAAAGUGACCCACUUCCUUACGUAUACGUCCCUCUUACCCCACCACGUCCCCAUAUUUGGCAAGCCCCAAAGAGUGAUACUGAGGUUUUUAAGAGAAGAAGACUUGAUUGGCUGGGUUCUAACUUGUCAAAUAAUUCCGACUCAUCUGGAUAUGGAAGUGCACAGAAUAUACUUUCAUUUUCCGAGGCCCCUCCUCCUAGUUUGAUGCCUGCAAGCCUCCAGGAAAAUACUGUCACACCUACUCUCCCCCGGAGGAUUCCUGGGAGAUCAUCGUCUGUUUGUCCGUUCGAGCUAGAUGAUAUGGUGAUGGUGGAGAGACGUGACGCUGCAGCUUGGUGUGGAGUGGUGAGGUGGAUUGGAGAACUUCCUGAGACACUAGGGCAACCUGUGGCUGGAAUUGAAAUGGAAGAUGAGGUACCUGGCGGUGGAGAUGGGAGUAAGGAUGGUGAGAGAUAUUUCUACUGUGCCAAUGGACAUGGACUCUUUCUACCUGUUCGAAUGCUCAAAAAGGAUAACCGAUUUGAUAACAUCGAUAGUUCAUCAUGGAAUUCCCCUCCUCCCAAUCAAGGAACCCCUGAGCCUCAGAGUAAUGCAGCCUCCUCUGAAAGUGCUUUGAAUGAUUUUCUAUCCCAUCCUUUUGCUGCUGGUUGGCGGUCGCCUGAAGAAGUUCUCAAGCAGGCCGGACUGAACAUAUCUCCAAAUGUAUCUAGUGAUAUCGAGGCGAACCUCUCAGAGGGUGAAGAACGAGUGCUAGUGUUCACCGUCCCCACUGAUCACACCGGCAUCAUUAUUGGACGAAACGGAAGAAACAUUUAAGCUGUCGAAAAAGAAACUAACACAAUAAUCAAGAUAGAGAGAGACUAUGGUGGAUUGGGUGGUGUCAAGAGAGGAGUGAUUUGUGGCAGUGAAGAGAACAGGAAAAGAGCACUACAGAUGAUUCUGGACCGACUCAAGAAGCAAGUGUACCAGCGUACUGCCAAGGCCGAAACAAUUCAAAUUCCCAAUAACAAAGUUGGUCUAAUCAUAGGAACCAAGGGUCAAACUAUCAAUGCAAUCAGGAGCCUCUCUGGUGCAAGCAUCGAUAUCAAAGAUGGACCUACAGGACUGGAGUCAUUUUCUUUAUUUGGAUCCCAAACUCGAGACUGUACAAUAACCGGCUCAGAAGAAGACAUUGAGAAAGCAAAGAAACUCAUUCGAAUUGCAGAGGAUGGCGGGAACAUUGUCGUAGGAGCUACAUUGGCAGCGCUCAUAGCAGACCUAGCCUCUCUGCAGGUGACAGUAGAGGAGCGCAAUAACAGUUAACUCUUGUUUGUUUUAUUAGCUCUGUUGCAUGUUUGUGUCAGUUUUAUUGCAAAUUAUUUUUGUGUAUAACACAUAGACCUAUAAAUUAGGAGUGUAUGAAUAUGCUCCUGUUAUCAUUAAUUUUGCAUUUCCUUUUUUAAAAUUCAAUG